GUAGUGGUCUGAAGAAAUUGGGGUCUCAACUUGGGGGUAACAUGAGCAAGCGUAGUACCCCGGUGGCGCUGGAGGGUAGGAUUGUGAAUUAGCUUUGGUCCAGAGGAGGAAACCUCUCUCCAAGAGGGAGAACAGAAGAGGAUAAAGAAGAAAAUGGCUCCUGGGUCUCAGGAAUUGGUGACUUUCAAGGAUGUAAUUGUGAACUUCACCCAGGAAGAAUGGAGGCAAUUGAAUCAUGUUCAGAGGGACUUGUACAGGGAGGUGAUGCUGGAGAACGAUAGAAACCUCAUCUCCCUGGGGCUUCUCAUUUCUACACCUGAUAUGAUCUUCCAGUUGGAACAAAGGAAAGAACCCUGGACAUUUGACCUGAAGAGAACUGAGGAAAAAGAAAUCUCAAGAAGUACCUAUCAAGAUUCAGACAGUAAACUUGUGGUGCAAGAGUAUCCUACAAAAUAGAACAUUUCUGAAUUAGGAUUACCAGGAAUUUUAAUAGAAAAAUUCAGAAGAGAAGAUAUUGUACCUAAGAACAUAUCAGAAAAAAAGAGACAAAAUGCCAAAGGGGAAUCAUCUGAAAA